UAGUAUGGUUUCGGAAUUCGGGUCUUUCUUCGUAUCGAUUGCUCUAUCAUUGUGUAUGCAGUUCGUGGAUGCAGAGACGUUAGGUGCAUAUAAUAUCGUUUUUGUUUGGGACUGCAUUAUUAGAAUAUGGUUCUCUUACGAGUUCAUAGUUUCAACAUCAUCGACUUUGAUCAUUUCAAACUUCAGCAUUCAAACCCACAUCUUGUCCUCCACUUUCCCUUCACUUCCUUUCGAUUUUAAACGCACAUGUGUCCGAACCAAGACAAAGUCCGUCAAAUCAAAGACGAAACCAAGUGGAUGGUUUACGAAUAUUUAAGAUUUGAUCCCUCCAAAGGUGUAGACUUUGGUGGUGGUGCCUGUUUACUUUUCCCCCCAUCUUGUUUCCUUUCGUACUAAACCCUUUGAAACCCUGAUCGAGCACCAUCUUCUUGUUGAUCCGGUCAAUAAAUUUCUCGAUUUCCUCAACUGGGUCUGUCUUAUUCCUGUCGAAGAUUCUGAAAUUUCCUGUUGAUUCGCCUUUGCUUCUUCUAGAUUUGGGGUUUCGAGACAGAAGAUGGGAAUUACGAAUGACUCGGAAGGCAAGCUAAUGAGUCGGCUCGUUGACUCAGUGAAAGAGAUUUCCGGGUUGUACGGGUGUAAGGGUGUUUUCAAGAAGGCGCAUGGGGAUCUGGUCCGAAGGAUCAAGCUUCUUAGCCCUUUGUUCGAGGAAUUGAGAGACGGCGAUGUGAAGCUGAAAGACGAAGAAGCUCGAGGGUUCGAGAUUUUGAGAAUUGCUUUGGAUUCGGGUAAAGAGCUUCUUCGAUCCAUCAAUGGAGGAAGCAGGUUGUAUCAGGUCUCUUACAGGGAUUCUUUUGCGGAUAAAUUCCACCAGUCGACAGCAGAAAUAGAAGCAGCCUUGAGUCGGAUUCCUUAUGAUAAGCUAGAGUUAACAGAGGAGGUCCGAGAGCAGGUACAGCUUCUGCAUUCGCAGUUCAAGAGAGCAAAAGGAAGACAAGGCGAAUUUGAUCCGCAGCUUGAGCGUGACCUAGCCAUGGCACAGGAUGUAGAGGAACCCGAUCCUAAAGUAAUCAAAAGACUUUCACAAGAACUACAACUUAGUACCAUCGAUGAUCUGAAGAAAGAGUCGCACGCAAUACACGAAUAUUUUCUCUCACGUGACGAGGAGCCGGGCGAGUGUUUCAAGAAGAUUUCAUUGCUUCUUAAAAGGCUUGUCGAUUGUGUAACAAUGGAAAGUUCAGAAGCCGAUACAUCUUCCGGCAACAGCAUCAUGCUCAGGCAUCGGUCUCCUGUUAUACCAGAUGAUUUUCGAUGCCCGAUAUCCCUUGAACUGAUGAAAGAUCCCGUAAUUGUCUCCACUGGACAGACUUAUGAGAGAUCAUCGAUCCAAAAGUGGCUCGACGCUGGACACAAAACCUGUCCGAAAACGCAACAGACACUUCUGCAUACCGGUUUAACACCUAAUUACGUGUUGAAGAGCCUCAUUGCUCUGUGGUGUGAGAGCAACGGCAUUGAGCUUCCAAAAAACCAAGGGGGUUGCAGAACAACAAAACCCGGAAGCAGCUCUUCGGACUGUGAUCAAGCAUUUGUCUCUGCAUUGUUAACGAAAUUGGCCGAUGGUGAUACCGAACAGCAACGAGCUGCUGCUGGUGAACUGCGGUUACUGGCCAAGAGAAACGCAGAUAACAGAGUGUGUAUCGCUGAGGCUGGAGCCGUCCCUCUCCUCGUAGAGCUUCUGUCUUCCCCAGAUCCUCGGACUCAGGAACAUGCUGUGACGGCCCUUCUCAAUCUUUCGAUAAACGAAGGUAACAAAGGAGCGAUUGUCAAUGCUGGAGCGAUACCCGAUAUAGUAGAGGUGCUGAAGAAUGGUAGCAUGGAGGCUAGAGAGAAUGCGGCCGCUACCCUUUUCAGUUUAUCGGUUAUAGACGAUAACAAAGUUGCGAUAGGAGCAGCGGGUGCUAUCCAAUCCCUUAUAAGCUUGCUCGAGGAAGGAACCCGAAGAGGCAAAAAAGACGCAGCCACCGCUCUUUUCAACUUAUGCAUCUAUCAAGGAAACAAGGCGAGGGCGGUUAAGGGCGGAAUCGUCGAGCCUCUGAUGAGAUUGCUGAAAGAUGCUGGAGGAGGAAUGGUGGAUGAGGCAUUGGCAAUUCUGGCGAUUCUCUCGACGCAUCAAGAAGGGAAAAACAUGAUCGCUCAGGCAGAGCCGAUCCCAGUUCUGGUCGAGAUCGUGAGGACGGGUUCCCCGAGGAAUCGGGAGAAUGGGGUGGCGGUGCUGUGGUAUCUGUGUGUGGGAAACGUGGAAAGGUUGAAGAUAGCAAGAGGGGUUGGCGCAGAUGCAGCUUUGAAGGAGCUUUCAGAGAAUGGAACAGACAGAGCAAAGAGGAAAGCUGCAAGCUUGUUAGAGCUUCUUCAACAGAUUGAGGAUGUAACUACUGAUCCUUGAAGCCUCUCUGGUUUUGGGGAUUUAGUAUAAAAUCUGUGUAGAUUUGUUGUAUAAUUAAUUACAGAAGUUCAACCUUGUUGUGUAUGAAAGCUUGACUGUACAUAUAUGAAGAACGCCUUGGAUAA